AUGUCGCAUAGCAAACGAAACACCAGUCGCGCCGUCUUCACCUCCUAUGAGCGCUCACUCGCCAAGGCUGCCUGGACCGUCUCGUCGGCCCGCCUCACACGCGACUCUUUCCUGCCUUUCGCCUCAUGCUCGCUGUGCCUCGAACUCGCCCAAGACCCCGUCGCCUGCCCAGCAGGCGACAUUUUCUGCCGGGAAUGCGCCUUGAACAACAUCUUGUCGCAAAAGAAGGAGAUGCGCCGCCUGGAAAAGGCGCGCGAGCAGGAGGAAAGGGAACGCGCCGAGCGUCAAGCACGCGACGACGCCGAGGACCAGGCGCGGGCGGUCAGGGAGUUUGAGCUCGUGCAGGCCGGACUGGAGACCAAGGUUGGAUGGAAGGCAGGCCGGCGUGCAAACGGCGCCCACGACAGAGACACACCGGCUGCAACAUCGACACCAACGCCCACGCAGACACAAAGACGUCUGCUCGAAGCCGGCCCUUCCAUUGACGCUGCUGGUAGCAACAACGACAACGGCGACAACGGCGACAAAACACAGCUGACCAAGAAGCGCAAGUUCGCAUUGGACGAGGACGAGCUGCAGCGCAUUGCCGAGGAGGACCGGUCCAAAGCACGGCGAGCCAUUGAGGCCGAGCGCGCAGCCGCGCACGACGCCCAGGCCCUUCCGUCUUUUUGGACGCCCUCUGAGACGCCGUCGACCAGCAGACACAAGGACGGCUCGACAGACGCGAAGACGAAGGGUGCCGAUGGCAAGGGUGGUGCCGGAGCAGACGGCACGCCUCUGUGCCCAGCCGGCCACGACCACCAUAGCUACUCGCUCCACACGCUCGUAUCUGUGCAGUUUGAGCGCGACGCCAACGGCAAGCACAUCUGCCCGGCCUGCAACAAGAUGCUCACCAACGCGUCCAAAGCCGUGCUGGCCAAGCCCUGCGGUCAUGUGCUGUGCCGCAGCUGCGUGCACAAAUUUGUGAAGCCGCCGGGAGCGAACGGGCAGUCUGUUUUGUUUGACCCGCACGCGCCGCCAGGAACGACGGGCAGGGUGCGGUGCUACGUGUGCGAGACGGACCUGGACGACGCGCCGGACGAGAAGGACAAGAAGAGCAGGAAGGACAGAAAGGAUAAAAAAGAGAAGAAGAAGGACCGUGUCAAGCCGGGCCUUGUGGACCUUCGCAGCGAAGGGACGGGCUUUUCGGCCGGUGGCGCCAGCGAAGUCAAGAAAAAUGGCGUUGCCUUUCAGUGUUAG